AUUUGAUUACAUAAGACAAGAUCAAUGUGGAUCGUCGAUUGCCCAAUGAAUCUUAUCGAUAUCGUUCAGAUCGCAGCGGAAUUUUCAAAUCUUGGAUACUGAACAUAUCGAAUAUCGAAUAUCAGCCUCAGUUGACCCAUGAGCUCGCCAUGGCUUUAAGGGUCAAUCCAAUAACAGCGCAAUUCGCCAAGCUGUCCUUUGGGAUUUCGCGAACGAGUGUACGAUUCAACCAGGUCUCUGCCAAGCAAAUAGCGAGACAACAUGAAAUCGAACUUUCCAAACCCACUCCGGAGCACGGCGAGAAGAUAUGGAUCUUCUUCCACAUAAUAGACGGGUUCACCGUCUACUCGCAUAAGCCAGUCCUCAAUGCGACCAAAGCGCUAAGGCAGAUCUCCUAUAACGGCAGGAAGCUCCAGCCGUCCAAGUUCCGAAAAGACUACUGGCAGACGCUGGCCAUGAUAGGGUUCCCCGAAGGCUACGGGCACGUAGGACAGAGCGUAUUCCAUCUGAUGCGGGAGUGCAAGCAGCUGCACCAGCUACACUGGGACGAUGACAUGUUCUACAACGUCGACCUGGAGAACGAUAAAAAGUACCCGCGGUCGAAAAGAACAAGGGGUAGGAAAUUGAAUGAUAUGAAGACGAGCACCAUCGCCGACAUGGCCGCCGUGCUCGGAGGUCUGGGCAAGGGAAAUAAGAUAUGGCAGCCCGUGACGGAGGACCCCGUGCAGAUCCUUAAGCUAGCGGCGGAAGAUCCAACGAACAUCAAGACGGACGAGGAGGGGCAGAAGGCCCUGCUCAAGACCAAUAUCUGGUGGCUGGACGACCUGGACCGGAAUUAUGCGCAGAGCUGGCCUUCCAAUGUCACCCAUCACCGUUUUGACCGCAGCGACGUGAAAGGCUGGUUUAAUUACCAACCAGCGCCCGCUGAACGGCCAAUCCAAGAAAAGGCUGAGAAAGUAGAAGAGGAAAAGGAAGAGGAAGGGCAAGAAGAGGGUGAAGAGAAGGCCAAAGAGGCAUCAGCUUAAGAGUAAGGAGCCGAAAUGGCUUCCUGAAAAGAGCCAAAUAAAGAAAAUAAGAAUAAAGACAAAAUCCUGUCUUGAGAUGUGGCAUGAAAUGAGAUUUUUCAAUGCUAGUCACAACUUUUACAAUUGGGCACGUCGAUCAACUCUCUAUCAACGUACUGCACUGCAUGGAAAUGGGAAUG